UGUGUGUGUGUGUGUGUGUGUGUGUGUGUGUGUGUGGGGCUAGCUUUUGUUUUAGCACUUUAACUUCCUGAAAAACUUAUUCACCGUAGUGUGUAAUUUUGCUGGUAUGGUUAUGUUAUCUAUACCAUUUUAUUAGUAGCAAUUUCCAUGAUCUAUAGCCUAGGUCGUUUUCGCUUUAGCACUUUAAGUUCCUAACAAACGUAUUCAUAGUGUGGAAUUUCGCCGGUAUGGUGAUGUUGUCUAAACCUUCCAGUAGUUACUCCUUAACGUUUCACCUUAGCGUCCACAUGCUGACGACAUGUCUUAAGUGUCGCUGUUUGUCAGGCACCAGUCUAAUAACGCUAGUGAUUUUAGCUUUAACAGAAGUAUUAUGUUUACAUAAUAUAUCACCACAAAUUAUUUUUGAUUAAUAGUGUGCUAUUCCAAAAUGAUAUAUUUGACGACAAACUUGACGUCUUCCGGAAGAUUGUUUUGUUUACAUGGGAACGCAGUGUAGCCAAGUGGAUAACUACCGUGUGAAAGUCAGUUGCACGCUAUUGUAAGUGAAAACCUUUAUUAUUUUCCUCUAAUUGCGUUCACACAAACUUUAAUAUGCACCCCGAACUGUUGUUUUUUUGAAUGCGGAGAGUUAAACAUAUAGACUAAUCUGUUCCUCGGUGAAAACUGGUCAACGGUAGAGAGGCCACUUAUUGUUUUUUUCACCGCAGACACUUUAAAGACAAAAUACUGGACUUUUUUCCAUUUGCAGAUAGCUUGUAUGAGCGGUACAGUACUUACUUUACUAAGCGUCUAAUGCGUAUGCGGCUCAGUGCCACUAGGGGGCAUGUUUUCACACCAUGUGGUGAUUGCCCUCAAUUCUUUCAUUUUUUUGGAAUUUUGGUUUGUAUCUCUCAGCGUUCACACAUAAUGUAUGCCAUAACAUAAAAUUAUCUAUAACGUAGUUGAAUCACCCUACAGGCCAUCCUAAACGAUGGAGGAAGGCAGCUUCGGUUACUCCCGAGACCCCCUGGACCGCCUCAUCCUGGGCCAGGACUCAUCAGUGGUGAGCAGGUUUCAGCAGAGGUACUGGAAAACCAAGCAGACGCUCAUCAGGGUCACCGGGAAGAAGGAGGAUGAAUGUGUGGUGGCGUCAGACGCUGACCUGGAUGGAAAACUGGAGGUGUUUCACUCCAUCCAGAGGACUUGCAUGGAGCUGCUGAAGGUCAUCGAGCAAUAUCAGAGGAGGAUUUGCUUUCUUUCCCAGGAGGAGAGCGAGUUGGGUCGUUUCCUGCGUUCUCAGGGCUCUCAGGAUAAAAGCAAGGCUGGAAAGAUCAUGCAGGCCACAGGCAAAGCUAUCUGCUUCUCCUCACAGCAGAGACUGGCCCUGAGGAAGCCUCUGUGCCGUUUGUACCAAGAAGUGGAGACCUUCCGCUUCAGGGCCAUCUCGGACACGUGGCUGACGGUCAAUCGCAUGGAGCAGUCCAGGACGGAGUACCGCGGCGCACUUCUGUGGAUGAAGGACGUCUCCCAGGAGCUGGACCCGGACACACACAAGCAGAUGGAGAAGUUCCGUAAGGUCCAGGCCCAGGUGCGCACCACCAAGACAAGCUUUGACAAGCUGAAGAAUGACGUGUGUCAGAAGGUGGACCUGCUGGGAGCAAGUCGCUGUAACCUACUCUCCCACGUCCUCACCUCCUACCAGACCACACUGUUGCACUUCUGGGAGAAGACAUCUCACACCAUGGCGGCCAUUCACGAGAGCUUCAAUGGGUGUCAGCGCUCUGAACUCUCUGCAGUGAAGGAAAGGAAACUGGCUAGUAGGUGUGCACACCUUGACCUGCUCCAAUUCCAAUACACCAGCAUUCUGCUUUAUACAGCUCAUGGUCCCGAGCUCGCACGUGGCCUUAAAGCCAUUUCCCUACAUGACUAUCAGCAGGAACCAGCAGAGCGUCCAGCCAAGAAGAAGAAAAAGAAGAAAUGUCAGACAAAAGACCAAGAUGAACUACUCGUCUCACUGGGGAAUGACAGUUCAUCAAGAGAAGGAGAAGCUGAGUCAGCGAUGGAGGAGAAGGACAGCCUCGCCUUGCUGGAGGAGAUCCUGGGUGGAAUGUCACUGCAUGAUGGCGACUUCUCGCAGGAAUGGAGACAAGUGUUUGGAGACGAGGGGGAGGGGGAGGAGGUGGCGACGGACGCCCAGGCCCCGUUUCUACCAUCUCAGCUUUUGGACCAGAACAACCUGCACCUCUCAGAUGAGAGCGUUCCACAUCCUGUCGCCACGGUGACGGAACACCCACAAGGAGCCAAUCAGAAGGCAGCAGUGAAAGAGACCGGCGGGACAUCCAAAGACCUCUCGGCGUGGUUCAACUUGUUUGCCGACCUGGACCCCCUCGCCAACCCGGACGCGGUGGGCAAAAGUGACGCUGAGCACCAACUUCAUAACGCCUAGCUCGUCUGUAGCCUCUUCUCUGGACAACGAAAGAAAAGACUGGAAAGGUACACGCUGUCAUUUAUUUCAACGAGACCACUUCCUGUUGUCGCCAGGAAGUUGUUCUGAGCUAACUUCCUUAGCAUGAGCUACACCCAUGGCUCCAGGGAACUCUCCUCCAUGGAGGAUGACUCUGCAUUGCGUAUCUUAUUGCCCCCUUGCUUGUUUCUACGCCAUUUAAGACCACUUUGCUGGAACUUUGCGCUGGCGGGCCCAAAAAAAAUCCAGCAUAUGACAAGAAUAUGCUUGCUUUACUUCAUGAAUACGUGUUUCCACCUCAGGGUAUUUUUAUAAGGAAGCCUUCUUCUUUUUGCUACUGUUGACAAUGAACACCUUGCUGACUCAUUGAUGAUGACGCUGCAUCGCUCAUCUGUUGUCACCCGUAACACUGAAACAGAAGACAGUAUCUCCUCAAAUAGAUGCCUCACCCUCAUUAAAUUACCAGCUGCUACGUCCACGCAAACAAAUGUUCAUUGCAGCCCAUUGUGUGUGUGUGUGUGUGUGUGUGUGUGUGUGUGUGUGUGUGUGUGUGUGUGUGUGUCGCUGCAGGCGUCAUACAGAUGUGGCAUCUGCAAAGCUGAAGUUUAAGUUUGGCUAGAGGUAUGGAUUCUAGCGUACCAUUCACUGUACCUCCUUGUGUGAAAGGCCUGGUGCUCUCUGCUGUUGUGUGUAUAGCCCCCCCCCCCCAGCCACUAUAGGAGGAAAUACGCUAUUUUGUAUAUGACAGGCUGUUUGUGAGAUGAUUUAAUGUUAGCACUGGCUGCAUGUUGCAUGCAGACUUGACCAUUUAAGGAGUAAAGUGAUGUGGAGUGAUUAGUGUGCACUCUUAUUGUGUGCGUGUGUUAUGGACCCACAGUACGUGCUGAGCAAUAACGGCCUCUAAUGCUGCAAAAGAGCAAAGCAUUUUAUUAUGGGCCCGCAUGCAGAGCAGUGCUUGUUUAUUAUCCUAUCUUAUUCGGCCACUAUUUCGGUGCCCCAAAGUAGGCAUGGGCCGGUUACCGGUUUCAAGGUGUGUACCGCGGUAUGAAAAAGUCACCGGUUCAAAACCAUUGAAAUUCUACAAUAUAAGAGAAAGUGGAGGUCCAGCACGGCCACUACGUGGAAAUACUUUGUCACGUCCUGUUAUCGGGCUUGGAUGUGUUGCCAAAAGUCAUUAGCAUUGAGCGGUGCCGGCAAGGCCAUAUUACUGACGUGGAGGACAAGUGGUUUACUCGCCACUGAACAACAAGUAACAAGCACUUAAAGGGAUAGUUGGGAUGUUCUCACAUGACGUUGUAUGACAUCCCCACCAACAGCGACUCACCCCACACUUGCUCCCCUAAGUCCCGUUCUGGUCGGAGUUCGGUGAUGAAGAACAUAGUUCCAGAGAGUCUAAUACAGGCUUACAAGACUGUAAAAGGUUUUAUACAUUUGCGUCACAAAAAUGCCUACUCGAAAAAAUCAGCCUUCAUAAAUGACUGUGUGCUACAUUUGUCUGAUGCAAAUGUGUUACUCUUUCGAAGGCGUAUUGUUUUCAGAAGCCAAACUCCUUAUUUGUGAAACCCCAGCGACGACCUGGAACUACAUUCUUCUUCGCGGAAAUCUGACCAGAACUGGACUUAGGAGACAAGUGGGGGGGUGAGUCGCUGUUGAUGUACUACACCGCUGAUGGGGAUGUCAUACAACUUCACGUCAAAUAAUCCCAACUAUCCCUUUAACGUCUAAGUUGCUAACGACAAUCACAUGACCCGGAAACAAAGGUUUGUGGAAAAGUGUGACCUGGCACUAUGAACUAAUAGAACAUUACAAGCUUUUAAUUAUUUACUUUAAAUACAUAUGUUCCACUUUAAUCCUGUUACAUUGUGUGGUAUUUCAAAGGAAUAUUUUAGUGCUGUAAUUACAAUAACGUGAAACUGUGAGCAUUGUGUUCCACAGCGGAUGAAGAAGUGACGCGUUGCAGCCAUCUUCAUCUCAGCGAUACGACGAAAGACAAAAAUAAUGCAGAGCGAUUUGUGAGGUCUGAAUUUUUUUGUUGUUGUUUUUUUGGAGGAGGAAUUUUUGUGAUGCUAAUGCAUUCCUCUUUUGAUGGCAUUGCUGUGAGAAGCCAAACUCCUUACUUGUUGCUCCAGCAACUACCCGGAACUACGCUCCUGGACUGGAUAACUGGACUUGUGACCAAUCAUCUCCAGACACAAUAUCCAUUUUCAUUUUUAUACCUACCAGUAAUGCUCAGUGACAAAAACGCACUAGCUCCCUUCCAUAGCUGCCUUCAUGACAUCAAACAGAAUUUCCUUCAUUUAAAUGAAGUACUUUGUUUUUACUCCCAAUUCACCGCACAGUGAAACCAAUUUUAACACCCCCACCCCUCUUUUUGCUUAUGCCGUUAAAAACCGUGGUGUGUUUUUUGACACCAGUCUAAAGUUUGAUAAGCAAAUGAGUUCUGUGGUCACAGCAAGUUUCUUCCACCUCAGGCUGCUGGCAAAGGUGAAGCCCUUUUUGUCAAGUACAGAUUUUGAAAAAGCAAUUCAUGCUUUCAUCAGCUCGAGGCUUGAUUACUGUAAUGCCCUCUACACUGGAGUAAAUCAGUCCCUCCUCCGCAGGCUCCAGUUGGUACAAAACACAGCUGCUUGCCUUCCUACUAAUGCUCCAAAAUCGCCCAUAUCACUCCAGUUCUCCGUUCUCUCCAUCCCGGUACAGUCUAGAAUCCAUUUUAGUGUUCAAUAAUGGCCUUGCUCCAGCAUACUUGGCUGAGCUUUUAACUGUCCGUCACCACUCCAGGGCCCUACGCUCUUCUCAACACACAACAUUAGAAGUCCCAAAGAUGAAAUACAAAAAUUGGGGGGGAUCAUGCUUUUGCUUCGUUUGCCCCAACACUUUGGAACUCCCUUCCACCUGCGCUACGAUCUACUACAGAGUUGUCAGUUUUUAAAUCUCUUUUAAAAACUCAUUUAUUCAGACUGGCUUACGACACAUGAUGAUUAGAUGUACUUCAGUUGUGAUUCUGGGCCUGUAUUUUUAUUUUUUAUUUUUGUUUUAAUUCUUAUUAGAUGGGGUGGGUGGGUGGGGGUGGGGGAGUCACUGCUGAUGGGGAUGUCAUACAACUUAAUGUCAAGACAUCCAAGCUACCCCUUUAAAUUGUUGGCACUGAGUUUUGGAACAUGAUGAAAAUAUUUCUACUGGAUUGGAUUUAUGCAUGCUGCAUGUGCCGCGGUAUUAGCUACACUGAGAUGACAUGUUGGACAAGGUGUGUGUGAGGGUUGUUGUCUUAUGAGUAAGCACAGUUAGCAUACAAAUGUCACAAAAGGAACUUCUUGUAGGUUUUUUUUUUUGUCUUUUAUUGAAAAAAACACACAGAUGCACACUACACAGGGGAAGUGAGUCACUGUUGCUUCAUGCACACAAUCAGCAUAUCAGCGACACAAUCAGGAUUUAAACUGAGAGUGUGAGUGUGUGUUGUGGAAUGCAUUGCAUACGUUGGUCGUCUGUGCUUGUGUGCGCACAUAGACGUGCACACCCAACCACUUCAAUCCUCAGUGGUUCUUUUUGUGCACUUUGUUCAUUGUACACGUUUGAUUGUUUCAAAUUGCAAAGUGAUCUAAAUGUAAAAAACAAUAAAGGUGGCAGGGGGGUGUUUAUCAUGUCAUGCUCAAGUGCGUACUUCAACCUGGGUUAGCAAUUAGCAUCCAUGCUCCACACAUGACGCUUCCUACUCAGGCCCUUUGCUUUGGUACGUUGUCAUCCUAUCGCUUUAAGAGGGUGGGGCUUGUGUACAUCACCACCUGUGGAACGUGUGGUAGCACCUGAAAGCUUAAAAAAAGGUUCCACGAUGUGAUGUCACUCUGCUGAUUGGCUUUGUAUCAAACUUGUCUCCAAGGAGGGUGACGGUCCAAACAAGAACAUUCCACACCAACCUGAGUUGUUUUGUUCCGCAAUUAAAGACCGCUGUGUAGCAGGGAAGCGGAGUCGUCUUUUUUUUUUUCCCUUCCCUCCUCUCUCCAGUCUUUUAGCCUCUCGCUAAGAAAAACUGCUGAUCGUCGUGAUCGUGCAGGAAGGCAAAUAGUGGCUGCAACACAAACAACUCGACGUGGACUGAGGCCAUCCCAUAAUAUAAAAGUUAGUCUGCUGCGCUAACAGGAAGUGUUAAGAAGCUGAUUGGACGUUUCAGCUGACAAACUUUGAACGCCAUUAAAAACAAAGCAAAAGCUAUUUGUGGUAAUGAGUCAGAUGGGGGAGGGGAUGGGUCCAGUCUCUACACGCUGGAGCUUGGGCACCCCCUGCUGGCUAAACUUAAGACUAACGGAGUGCAAGCUUUUUUUGUGUGUAUUUUUCUCCUUAGAAGCAUCUUCCUCUUAAAUACCUGAGGACAAGCUGGUGAUGACAAGUUGCGCAGGGCCGUCCUUUCCCGUCUCGGCUUCCGGGCCGUGCGUGACGGCGUCAGAGG